UAGCAAAGCAACAGGUUGAACAAGUCCUGCGUGAGCCCGCCCUGUGUGUGGAGCACUGUAAAGCUGCUGCUGACAUAAUGAAGAAUUAGUGUACAGGACAGCCUCAAGACCUCAGGUUUGGGAAUGAUGUCUUCAGAGUUGACUGUGUUGUGUCUCCUGCUCCUGCACACUGGAGCCCAUGGAUUUGGGAUACUACCGGGAAAGUCUCUGAAUCACCUUGAAAUCACUGAGAUGGCGAUUUUGAACACCACUGUGCAGGUGUGCCGCGCUCUGGCUCAAGCUGAAGGGACAGACUUCACUAUUCCCGCUCAACCUUUCACUGCUCAAACUGUUGCUGCCGCGUGCAAUGCACCACAAUCGACCAGGAGUUUCCAACAAGCCAUUACGUUCAUCAUAUUACGGAAUAUACGGGUGGACAUCCGCUAUGCGCUGAAUGCAAGCUUCCACUUUGAUGAAGAAAUGUUUGUUCAAGGAAGGAGGAUCAUCACAGAGGGAAUACAGGCUGUCAAAGCAAGCAACAAGCAAGAAAAUUUUGAGGCAGCGAGGCAGCAACUAGGAGAGAUUUUACAUCCUUUACAGGACUUCUACAGUCAUAGUAACUGGGUGGAGCUGGGGAACAAGCUCCCAAACGGCAAUCUCAUCAGAUCAGACACCAGCAUUGGUAACAUAGCAGAUAAAAGCAGGGCAACAUGUCGCAGCUGUAACGGAGAUGACUGCAGCAACAACAUUUUGGAGGACAUCAUACAGGAGAAGAUACUGACCUCUGGGUAUUUUGGUAUUGUGCCUUUUAUCUCAACCAAACCAAAAGGAAAAUGCAGCCACGGAGGAUUAAUUGAUCAGACAAGUAAGAUCGAGCCAACAGGUGGGAUCAACAAAGACUCUCUUAGUGCCAGUCACGGAUAUCUCCACACUGAAGCAGCAAAUUUGGCUAAAGCUGCAACCAGUCAGCUGCUAGAAGACAUUCGAGGGGCUGCCGGAGACAGACCAUUCCUCGAGAUGAUGGGAAUCUCCAAAGGAUCCAGUAAAGCCCUUUGUUUUGUGAUCGACACCACACAAAGCAUGAGUGAUGACAUCGAGACAGUGAGGAACGUCACUUCCUUUAUAAUCAACAGUGAAGUGGGAACAGAGAACGAGCCUUCUCUUUAUAUCCUCGUACCGUUCAAUGAUCCAGAUUUCGGGCCGGUGACAAAGACUACAGAUCCAAACGUCUUUAAGAAUGCUAUUAAUUCACUGUCAGCCAGUGGUGGAGGAGAUGCGGAAGAACUGAGUCUCUCUGGGCUUCAGCUGGCUUUGACUAAUGCUCCUUUAAAUUCUGAGAUCUUCCUCUUCACCGAUGCACCUGCUAAAGACAAACAACUACAAAGCACAGUGAUCGCUCUCAUAGAGCGAACUCAAACAGUGGUGAACUUUAUGAUUAGUACCUCAACAGUGACCAGUCGUCGGAGACGGAGUGGUAGCAUCCCACAGCAAUACAGCAGAAUAGCAGCAUCAGAUGCCCAGCUGUACCGAGACCUGGCUCAGGCUUCAGGAGGUCAGGCUAUCGAAGUCACAAAGAAUGAGCUUCCCUUGGCCACCAGCAUCAUAACACAGACCUCCAGCUCCUCUCUGGUGACUCUUCUGCAAGCAGCAAGGGACCCAGGAAGGGCAGAUAAUUUCCUUUUUAUCGUAGAUGAGACAGUAAUAAACCUCACAGUUUACAUCACUGGGACCACCGUCACUUUCACUCUCAUCAGCCCCAAUGGUGAAACUCAGCAAAGCACCGACGCAACAGGAUCACUGAUCACUGCAUCCCAGUCAGUGGGAAACUUCAAGACUCUGCGGCUGAAAAAGGAAGUUGGACAAUGGGAAAUAAGAAUGGUGUCAACUAAUCCCUACACGCUGAAGGUCGUAGGGCAGAGUCCUAUUGACUUCCUGUUUGACUUUGUGGCAGCAUCGCAGGGCCCGUUCUCAGGAUUUGAUGCUCUUGACACACGACCCAGAGCUGGUCUGAACGGUAGCUUGUUGGUGUCUUUAACGGGGAGCGACACUGCCACGCUGACAGAAGUCGCUCUGAUUGAAUCGGCGGGGUCAGAGGAGAUCAAAGGAGUUAUGGAGCCACAGGGGGGUGGAAUGUUCUUGGUUCAGGUUGACCGGAUACCAUCAGUGGAGUUUGUGGUGCGGGUGAAGGGGCAGGAUGGAGCUGCCACCAGCGGAGCUUCAUCAACUGUCUUCCAAAGGCAGUCAUCUACCAACUUCAGAGCCUCCAAUCUGACUAUCACCGCUGAAUCAAACAGCAUCUUAGUACCAGGAACACCUUUCUCCGUGCCCUUCUUUGUGAUGACCAGUGGAACAGGGGGGAAUUUCACCAUCCGAGCCACCAACAACCAACGUUUUGACUCAACGUCUCCAUCCAGUUUAUUCCUGGAGACCGGAAACAGUACUAAUGGUACAGUGACCCUCUCAGCACCACUUAACACCCCAUCCGGUACUGAUGUCACACUGACCGUUGAGGCGGAAGGUCCAGGCGGCGCAGACACCAACUACAUCGUGCUGCGUUUCUCUGUCGUAAACACGGUGACUGAUUUCACUCAUCCAGUGUGUGAGCUGCUCAGCCUGAGGUCCAACUGCUCUGAAAACUGCAGCUUCUCGACAUGGGAGCUCUCCGUCCGGGUGACUGAUGGAGCUGAAGGGGUGGGGGUCGACCGCGUCAGUCUCAGACAAGGCAACGGGACCAUAAACACCAGCCUGGCUGUUGGCAACGAGAACAUAACGAUGGUGUCCUAUAGUUCAUCUUGCUGUUCACCUGAAAUGGAGCUGCUGGUUGUGGAUCGAGUUGGUAACGUAGGCACCUGUUCCUACUCAUUCCGGGAAGGUUCAACAGCUGCUGUCUCUUUGUCCACCAAAGUCACUCAGUCCCUCUUUCUUUGCCUAAGCUUGGUAGUUCUAUGGCUCAUGAUGAUACUGGAGCCUCCCCACUAGGGGCAUCCCCUAGUCUCAAUGUUCUUAUCAACAAAGUUUUCAGCAGGAGCAAUCAAUUGUUCUCAAGAAAGCUCUGAUACCCUCCUGUACACUAGAGUUGCAAGUUGAUCGGUGACAAAGUUAUCAACUAUUAACGAUAACUAUUAUCGUUAAUAGUUGCCAUAACAUUUAGUGGGCAGCUGUUAGUUAAUCUGUUAUAUCUGUCACAUCAAAUUUAUAAGGUGAUAAUAUGUUGGGUUGUUGUGUCUCUCAGCUUGUUUUGGACUUUCUCUUCCCGCUAGUGGUAAAUUAAUUGAUUAAUGCACCUUUAAAUUACCAACUGAUUUUCAUAUGCAUGCAUCACUGGGUUGCUUAGCUACUCUGAGGCUUAAAACUGCUGUUUUAAAGGGAGUUGGUCCUCUGAAAGAUGGGGCGUGAUGGCUUCUGUGCUCUGCCUGCUGUUCUGUAGAUGUAUUUCUCUCUGUUUAUGAGCCAAACUAAACACCAAAAUUAAAAAGAGAAAUCCUACUCAGAGGAAAAAGCAGCUGCUCCCAGGGGAAGUAAAAACUGUGCUGUUCCUUUGCACCAGACAGUGAGCUCUGAACUGUGCUCCAGAUCUCCAGCCAGCUCUUCGUCUGUUUCCACCCAUGCACAUGGAUACACACAGACUGGGAUAGUUAAAGUCCAGCUGGCCAGUGUGUAGCCUUUCACGUGUGAGGGGUGUCUAGCGGGCGAUAAUUUCUCAACAGGAAAUGAUCUGGAAAAUGCUGUAACAACAGAUGAAAACCGCAGACAUUUGUUUUUUAAAAAACACUUUUUUUUUUUUAUUGUUGUCGUAAUGCGUCUAAUGUAUAAUCCUUUAUAGACUUUUCACAUUUUGCUACAAGUUCAACAUUUUUUUUCUGGUUUCCUUUAUCACUAUUUACAUUUUGAAAAGUUUUCAGAGAGGCUUAUUUAAAUAAACUGGUCAGUGAUCGUC